AUGAAUGUGAGCAGUGCCGAACAACAAGUACGUGAAGAUCCAUUCACUAUAAUAGCCGAGACAAGGAACACCCGGCCCCCUGCGGGAUACAGCUCCCGAACAGCGAGCGGGGUGGAUACACUGCGGACCGUUGGAGGAGCCUUAGCGGCGCCAGCUGAGAGUGCCAGCACGGUAGCGCCGGCGGCGGCGGUAGAAGGCAGCAUGUCCCCUACAUCACGGCCGAGCCACCGCGAGAUGCUUAUCCUGCCAGAAGAGCAGCCAUCGCAAUCACUGCCGCCACAGCUGCAGCCUCAGCAGCGGCCAUCGCAGUCUCAGGUACACACACCGGCACAGCAGGUGCAACCGGACGUGGCGCUGGCCGGCAUAGUGAUGUCGACUAUGCCGGUAGCGGAGGUGGCUGCCGUGCAGGCGCAGGCACCCGUGCUGGCCCUGUCUCAAUAUGAUUACACUGCCAACCCCACCACGCCGGGCGCGGCGGUAAGUGGCGGCAUUAUCAGCAUGAGUGGAGGGGAUGGAGGCAGUACUGAGCCCGGUGGCGGCGCCAGCCGCAGGGCCCUGUCCGUGGUCCCUCCCGGCGGCUUGGCGCCUGUAGCGGAUCUGCUGUUGGAUGCAGAGGCCUCUACCCUGGUACGGCAACUGGGGCUUGGCAGCUACGACGACGAUGCUGGCGGCAAUGUUAGUGAUGGCGAUGGUGGUGGUGGUGGUGGUGCUGCUGCUGCUGAUGAUGAUGAUGAUGACCGGGUGGCAGCGGAGGAGGAGGUUGGAGGUAGAGGCGGACUCCGCGGUCGCAAUAAUGGUUGCGGCACUGUGGCAAUAGCCGGUGGAGACUGCGGCGAAGUCCCUCAUGAAGGGCCGCUAAAGCGAGGGACCACACAGCCAACAGGACCAGCGCCAGCAGUGUCGGAAGGAGCUCAAUGGAGGACAGCCACAGGGCUGCCGUCAGCGGCGGCAGCCACGGCUGGGCCAGCAGCGGGAACAACUGGCACGGCGGCAGGUCCACGACGUCGGGCUCCCCCGGGCACACCCCGGCAGCCCCGACCGGAUGAGCUUGGGCGGACAGAGUACUUCUCCGCUUGCCCCACUCAAGGUCUGGAGUACCAGACUAUCCUGCGGGUCCAUAAGCGGGCUAUCUUGUGCGGCGCGGUACGGAAAUGCUCCAGGGGCGGCGGUGGCGGCGGCGGCAGCGGCUCCCGUGGACCUUCUUGGCUGUUGCUGAGUGGCGGCGAGGACGGCUACGUGUUGUGGGACCUGGGACGGUGCAGGCCUCUCCUGAUGUCUUUGGAGGAGGAGGCGGAGGGUGUGGGGCAAGUCGCGGAACAGGGACAGGGGGCCCAGCACCUACCUCGCCCACCUGGAGCCGUAAAUUGGGGUGCUGUAAAGCAGAUCUUAUCUGUGCGAAUGCGGGUGGGCGCGGCUGUAUCCGAUUCGGAUACAGGUCAGGAUCCAGGAUCUGGUGGAUUCGAUCAGGGGAACGUGGAACGGGUUCGCGACGGCGGAGGCGCGGGCGGUGGCGGUGGCCUCGGCAUGGAUGUGGGCGGUGACCACGGAGACGAGAUGGAUGAGCGUAUGGCAGCUGCAUGGCAGGGCGCGUCGUACCGCAACAUGAUUACGGCCGUUGCCUUUGUGUCAGAUCAUCGUUGGGCCACGUGUCACCCCGGGGGUGCUAUCCGCGUGUGGACUGCGGACACGUCGUACACUUCCGCCACGCUGGAGCGCACCCUGAAUGGCCACGUGGGCUACAUUAACAACAUCUCGUCGUACGGCGGUGGGCGUUACGCCAUCACCACGGGACUGGACACCACGGCCCGCAACUGGGACCUGUGGGAAGGUCGGCAGCUGUCCGUGUUCAAAGACCACGAAAAUGAGGUCACUGCUGUGGCGGUGAUGGAGAGUGGUCGUAUGGCCCUUACGGCGGCGGAGGUGGUGCCCGAGGUGGCGUCUGCGAUGCUGUGGGACCCCGCAUCGGGCAAGUUGCUCCACACGCUGUCGGGUCACCACGGCUGGCUUUUCGGUCUGGCGCUGAGUGAGCGCCGCAAGAUUGCUGUGGCCAUCGGGGAGCAUGCCACCCUGUUCAUCUGGAAUAUCGACACGGGUGACUUGCUGUUAGCUAAGGUGGUGGCAUCCGACGGACUACAGCGCUGGGCCUCAAUCAACAGCGACGGAAAUUUCCUGUGCUUCGGAUCCGCAGAAGGUGUCGUACGUGUUGUGGAGACAUACUACGGCUGCGAGCUGGCUCGUUUCGACUCCACUUGGGUAGACCCAGACUUCCAUUCCAUCAGCGCCUGCUUCUUUUGCGAUGACGAGCUGCAUGACGACCCAGAGCACUGGACCAACAAGUUCCUGUCGCUCCAGGGAGACUCGGACGUGAGCUGCCUCUUCCGGCCGCUAACCACGUCGCCCUCCAUGAGCCAUAACCCAGCAGGGAUGAGCAAUCAGAAACAGCUACAGCCCCAACCGUCUCAACCGCCAAUGGCGGGGGGCUUAUCGGCCCUGGCGACCCCAGGGGCUGUGUCCAUGUUGACGUCGGGAUGGGGGACCACGGGAAGGGGCCUGGGCCUGGGCCGAGGUCUUGGUCUAGGUCUGGGCGGCUUAGGUGUCAGUGUUGGCAGCGACGUCGGCGGCAGCAACAAGAGCAUGGUCCGAGCCAGGGUCCUCCACAGCGUCCGAGCAGCCGCGGCGCUGGCCGCUAUUGGUCGGGCCGCCGCUGCUGCGAGUAAUCAUGAGGCAGAUGAUGCAGAUCAGGGGUUUGACGCGUGGGGGCCCGGUGGUGGAGGUGCCGGCGGCGCUGGCGGUCAUCGCCCCGGAAGCGUGCUCGGAAUGGUGCCGGCAGUGGCGGGGAAUACGGCGUCUGUGGCGACGGGGUCGGUGUCGGUGAUGUCGGGGAACAGCGUCAUUGGUAUCCACCGGUCUGGCCCAAGCGGUAACCUUCAGGAGAUGUUGGGAAAAAGGGAUGCCACGGAAUUGGAGAUCUCGCCAUUCGGCCGCCGCAUAGUGUCCCUAUCCGGAGAUGGCACGGUCCGGGUAUGGAGUUUGCUUGGAGUGAGCGUGCGGCGGGAGCUACCUCGUCAUCCGGAGAUGGUGAAUGAGAUUACCAUUAGUCAGGAUCGAACCUUGGUGGCCACCGUCACAGAGAAUGAGGGUUGUCUGCGCCUGUUCUCCAUGGCCACCGGUCACCCCGUGGGAACAGUGGCGGCCCACGUGGGGUUUGACUGCGACGGUGUGGCGCUAUCGGAUGACGCAAGCCUGGUCUCCCACGACCCGUACACUAACUUGGCGGUAUUGGCUGGUACGGCAGUGACGUGUUCAGACGACACGACCAUCAAGAUUUGGGACCUCAGCGCUAAGGGGGGCCCCAGGCUGGUGCGGACGCUGUACGGCCAUGCGGGUGGUGUUACGGGGGUGUGCUGGGUGCCCGGUACCAGCAGAGUUCUGUCGGUGGGUGAAGACCGAUCCGUGUUGGAGUGGGAGGCCGGACCCACGGGUCGCAACAGCCCAGUCGCGAGAAUGGACCACGUGCAUGAGGAUGCUAUUACGGCAGUCGUGGUCAGUCCCGACGCCCGACGCGCCCUGACCUGUUCCAUGGACCGUACGGCACGGCUGUGGGAGCUGACUCCGUCGAUGGCACCGUCGCCACUGACCCAUGGGUCGAGCCGCAACGGCCCCAGCGGCGCGCGCGGCCGCGACAGGGCCCAGCCAGCACUGGCGCAUGCGGCCGCUGCCGCGGCGGCGGCCUUGCACGCCAGCCAAUCUACCAGCGGAGCGCCCCAUGCGCCAUCUCGGCCGGAGCUGCACCGUUUCAUGCACGAGAACAGUGUGACCCAUGGGUCAUUCUCCCCGGAUAGGCGCCACGUGGUUACUUGCGGAGCCGACUGUGCCGUACGGCUGUGGGACACGGACAACGGCAAGCAGUUGGUGUGUUUCGAGGGCCACACCCGCACUGUCACCCGCUGUGUCUACCUGAACAACUAUGUGGUGGCCACCACCAGCAGGGAUGGAACCAUACGCUGCUGGGAUAUGCAGCGCAAGCGGCGUCUGCCCACCUUGGCGCCCCCUUUCGCUUUGGAAAGCGAUUCCUUCGAGGCCAUGGUGCUGCUGCCCUCGCAACGGUGCGGAUACGGCUUCCCCGAGGUGCUGGCCUCCCUGGCCAGCGGUAGAGUGGUGGUGUACGACCCGACCUAUCGUCAGCCCCUGCCAGAGCAGUUGCUGCUACAGCUGAAUCCGGAUCUGGAAUUGCUGGGCCCUACAGACGUCGAGGACCUUGUCGUGGACUUCCCCGGACUGCUGGUGAUGCCCAUCAGAGACGGAAACACCAUGCUGCACAUGGUGGCUAUGUCCGGAGAUUCCGUACUGCUGCGAGCGCUGUUGUCAGGAACCUCUGGCGGAUUGGGGGGACCUGGCCGCGGGGGUAUAGGGGGCCUGGGAGCUGGCGGCGGCGCCGAUUUUUCCGGCGGUGGCGGCGGCGGCGGCAGCGGGGGUGUAGGCGCCCUGGGGGCCGGAAGCCUCGGCGGCGGCGGCAGGCUGUACGGCAAUGCUCCGCCGCUGCCGCUCAACUUUGGCGGCCAGACUCCGCUGGAUCUAGCAGUAGCAGCGGGACACCGUCGCUGUGCGGAGCUGCUGCUGAGUACGGAAUUGGCGAGGCCUCCAGAGCAGCGUCUGGCGGUGCUGAGGGCCUGGCACUCAUUGGCGGUCGAGAUGCCCUCACUGUUGGUGUCCUUCCUCAAGGCGCUCAGUUUGGAUCCCGCGGGGGGGCUGGAGGAGGACGUGCUGUUCGCACCCCUGAGGGCCAAUGACGAGGUCAUGACCCUUGGGUCGGAGGUACGGGUCCAGUCCAGACGGAAUUCAAAUGUUGGGGGGCCCUGCGGCCUCCCGCGUAACAAACGGUACGCAAGGUUGUGGCCGCUCCGCCAGCUGUGGGACUACCGGGAGAAGCCCACCUCCCCCGCCGUGGCGGGUUUGCCGUACGUCGCCAUGGCGGCACGCAAUAUGGAGCACAGCCCGCUGGGGGUGCUGGUACAGCAUGGACUCAGCCAGGCCCUAGCUAGUGAUGUAAUGUACGGGGUGCUGUUCUACAAGUGGGACACAUUUGCGCGAGCCAUUUUCGAGAGCCUUGUGUUCGUGGCUUUCCUGGCCCUGUAUCUGGUAGCCUCCGGCAUGAGCGUGAUUACGUCACCCCACGUGGAGUUUAACGAGCUGUACGACAUGAAGAAACCGUCCUGCGUGAUCCGCACGGUUUUGGAGGUGAUCAUCGCGCUGAUGGCGCUGCACGACAUUUACGGUGAAGUCACUGAGAUUAUGAACGCGGGCUGGUAUAUGUAUUUGGCGGGAAGCCAGGGCAGCUGGAACGGUUUGGAGAUGUCCUCCUGUCUCGGACUGCUGCUCACCUUCGGACUACAGGCAGGUUUGGAGGAGGGCCCGUGGGGAGGGGCCUUGGGCGGCUUUGAGGGUGGCAGUCGUUUCGCCAUGUCCCUCACCACCAUUCUGUUGGGUCUCCGUUUACUCAAGGUGGCGUCAGGGCCUGAGCAUACUGGCGUAUUCGUACAGGCCCUGCUCCGCAUCGUUUCCAACUUGCGCUUCUUCAUGUUGAUCCUGGUGGUGCUGGUGCUCACAUUCAGCAUCGCGUUCUGGCAGAUCAUGUCAUUCGAUUUGGCUCCGGGCGAGACCAACCGCAGAGGCAAGGAAUUUGACACGCUGGGAAAUUCCAUCGUAACCGCUUACGCGUUCGGAGUCAUCGGUCAGAUGGACCACACGGUAGCUACGGACUUUUCCUGGCGGCCAUGGAUGCAGGUCCUGAUGCUGACGUAUACCUUCCUCAUCACCGUCAUCCUGCUCAACUUGCUGGUGGCAGUCAUGAGUGACACUUACAGCGUUGUGAAGGAGCACGCCCGAUCCGAGUGGCUGCUGCUGAGGGCUAAGCUGAUUUUGGAGAUUGAGAGCAGCCUGCCGGAUGCGUUCUUCAAGGACAUGCAGAGGCGCGUAACGCCCAAAUGUUUUACUGUAGGGUUUGUGGAUACUUCGGGGGGUAGACGAGGAGACGAUACGCUUGUGGAGAGCCUCCGGGGCCCUCUGGCUCGGCACGCGCUGAACACCGAUUUAAGCAAGACCGAGGCACGAUUGGUGGAGGAACUCCGUGAGGUGCAGGACACACUCAAACUGCUUCACGCCGACGUCGGCAACAUGCGUACGGCCGUGGCGACGGUGGCGGCGACGACGUCGGCAGCAGCCGCUGCCGUUUCCUCCAACUGUCCUGGCUCCUCAGCAGCGGCAGGCACCCGGCCGCCAACAGCGGCUGCGGCUGCGGCGGCUGCAGCCGCCGCCGCGACUGCUGCUGCUAGCGUGGCUGCUGCUGCCGGCAGCGGCGGCGCCGGCGGCGGCCGCUCCUACAACCGCAAUUACAGCUCCAGCUUUAACUCCUCCGCCUUCACCUACUCCAGCCACCACCCGCCUGCAGGGCUGCAGCGCGCCACCACCCAGCCGGGUGGCUGGAGUGCCACCCAGCAGCCGCCCCAAACGCUAACCUUCAGUGUCCCGACGGCGUCCUUGGACGGGGACUCGCCGCCGCGGGGAGCUGGCGGCGGCGGCGGCGGCGGCGGUGGGAGCCCCCGACUCCAGGGAAUGCUCUCUGGUGGCCCUUGGCGUCAGGGGGGGUUCCUGUGA